AUGGAGACACCCACACAAAGCCUCUCUGGCCUGGCUACUAUAGUCUCUAACCUCUCCAAGACCACUCAUAGUUUCAUGGCAGAAACUAGGUCAUCCAUUUGGAAUUUGGAGAUACAGGUAGGUCAGCUGAGCAAGAGGAUACUCGAGGCUCCCUCCAAUACUCUUCCAAGCAACAUAGAAGUAAAUCCAAAAGAGGAGUGUAAGGCCGUCACUAUGGAAGCUGAGGCUGAACCCAAGGAGGCACCUGCUACUGAGGAACUGAAGGAGAACAAGGCUCAGAAGGAUACUAAGAGUAUCCCCAUGCAUGUCCCUCUAGAAAUUAAGGAGCCUGAAGAACAACACUCUCCAACCUUGCAAGAGGAGCCUGAGGACGAGCAACUUGCUCAGUUUCUGGCAGUCCUCAGGAGGUUGCAAGUUAAUAUCUCUUUUACAGAGCUAUUGGAGAAGAAACCCCCCUCAAUGGCCUGUCUAAAACAUGCUAUCUCUGAAAAGAUGGCCCUAAAAGGAGAUGAGACUAUGGUGUUGACCAAGGAAUGCAUCGCCCUGGUCCAAAAGAAGCUGCCUCAAAAGCUGCCAGAUCCCGGAAGCUUCUUGAUCCUCUGUACGAUAGGGACCAUCACUUUUAAGAAGGCAUUGUGCGACCUUGGGUCAAGCAUCAUUCUUAGGCCUUUCUCUGUGAUGAGAAAGCUAGGGAUCCAAGAGGUGCAACCUAUUAAGAUCUCACUGGAAAAGACAGACAAGUCCUUGAAACGAGCAUAUGGCAUGGUGGAAAACAUCCUUAUAAAGGUUGAAGACCUUUACAUCUCUGUGGACUUCAUGAUACUAGACACUGGAGAUGAUAGGAACGAUUCCAUCAUCUUUGGAAGGCCCUUCCUAGCUACUGCGAAGGCCUUGAUUGAUGUAGAAAAAAAGAGCUAA